CAGCUUUAAUCAUUAGUCAGCCUUGCCUGCUGCAGGUCUUGCCAAAACCAACACAAGAUCACUGUGCAAAGCAGCAACACGCCCUGGAAGCGGGAGGAGCUGCAGGGUUCCUGUGCACACUGUGGAGGCAUCACUGGAACUCAAGACACAAUGGAAAAAUGAACCAUUUUGUCAUUUUGAUAGCUGGUUGUUGCUCUUUUCCUCGGCAUGGACUGAUAUUGGACUAUUGGAGUUUACCUUCAUGAAUGCAGACAACGUUGUGCCACUAUAUAAAUAUAAAAAAAAAGGCUGCAAUGGAAAGCCUGCCAAUAGGUUGGACUGUGCACACCUGUGACCAGGAGGGAGAUGGAGCAGAGCUGUUGAAAGAGCAAGUCCCUGACACCAAUGCCAACACACAUGUUUAUGACCUGUUUCAUGAAGAUGCACAGCAGGGUUUCCAGCAGUCCAGCCAGCCAUGGUGGAGGAUCAAACUGUUUGUGUGGGAGCCGGUGCUCUUCGGUACCUGGGAUGGAGUUUUCACCACCUGCAUGAUCAACAUCUUCGGCGUGGUGCUAUUCCUACGUACCGGAUACUUGGUGGGGAACACAGGUGUGCUGCUCGGGAUGCUCCUGGUCUCAUUGGUUGUGCUGGUUGCUUUAGUGACGGUGAUGUCAGGGAUCGGAGUGUGUGAACACUGUGGUAUUGGGAGUGGAGGAAUCUACUCCAUGAUCUCUACCGUUCUGGGUGGCAGACUAGGGGGCACUGUGGGCCUUCUUUAUGUGUUUGGGCAGUGCGUAGCUGGAGCCAUGUACAUCACAGGUUUCUCUGAGUCAGUGGCGGAGGUGCUGGGUUUACAGAGCCAGUGGGCGGUACGCGGCAUGUCGGUGUUGGUCCUGCUGGCACUGCUUGGAAUCAAUCUAGCCGGUGUCAAGUGGAUUGUCCGACUCCAGCUGCUGCUUCUGGCUGUGCUGGCUGUCUCCACGCUGGACUUUGUCAUUGGCACCUUCACACACCUUGACCCAGAGCAUGGCUUCAUUGGUUAUUCACCUGGCCUGCUCAGCAGUAACACAAUGCCAGAUUACACCCCAGGAGAAACCUUCUUCACAGUCUUUGGGGUCUUCUUCCCUGCUGCUACAGGGGUUAUGGCAGGCUUCAACAUGAGCUCAGACCUUCAGCGGCCUGAAAACAACAUCCCUGUGGGAACGCUGGCAGCUGUCUUCACCUCGUGGUUCCUGUAUCUGGUCUUUGUCUUCCUCCUGGGGGCCAUCUGCACCAGAGAAGCUCUGCGUUAUGACUUCUUGAUAGCAGAAAAGGUCUCCUUGGUGGGUUUCCUCUUUCUGCUGGGCCUCUACAUCUCCUCCCUGGCUUCCUGCAUGGGCGGCCUGUAUGGAGCACCCAGGAUCCUCCAGUGCAUCGCCCAAGAGAGGGUCAUCCCUGCUCUGGCCUUUCUAGGAAGAGGGCAUGGCCCGAACAGGACUCCAGUGGCAGCUAUCUGUCUGACCAGCCUGCUGACCAUGGCCUUCAUUUUCAUAGGUCAGGUCAAUGUGCUGGCCCCCAUCGUCAGCAUCAACUUCAUGCUCACCUACAGCUUCGUUGACUACUCCUACUUCAGUGUGGCGAUGACCUUUCAGCUGCAGACUAAAGACAAGAGGCACCCCCUCAUCCAGGCUAAAAGAAACCAGCGUAGGUCAACCAGGCAGAGCUCUAGGCCUCUAAUAGAGGCCACUUUUUCAAACUAUGGGAGCACAGGCGAGAAUUUACAGGGAAAAGGCACUCUGUUGGAGUUCACCAAGGACAUGGACCAGAUCUUUCCCCCAAUGUCAAAUGUUGAUGCUGGGGCAGAGAAGACCUCCUCCAUGCAAGAACUGAGCAGUAGAUGCAAGAGCAGAAAGGCUCAUGUUACCACCAAGCAGAAGCUGAUGGACAGCUAUGGCUUGGACCGAAACGGCAAUAAUUCCCCAGAAGAGAAAAGAGAGGAUAAAAGUUCAGCUCCACCACUUGAGGAAGCUGAGAGGCAACGUGAAGGCGAAGAGCCCAGGGCUGCAGAAGAAACACAAAACCAUUGGCAUUCAGAAAUACACCAUGCUGAGCAAGAUUCAUCAGCUGAGCCUCACAAUCACAGCACAGGUGCUGACAGUAAAACAGAGCCCCAGAGUUUGGAAAUCAAACCCAUGCAGCAUUCAUUAUAUGCAAAGUUCUGCAACCACUGGGUUGCUCUUAUUGGGGCACUGUGCUCCAUAUUGAUCAUGUUUAUCAUUCAGUGGAUUUAUGCCUUAGCAAACAUAGUCGUUGCCUUGCUGCUCUUCCUCUACAUCGGAAAAACAAGUCCUGGACUACCUAUAGGUAUUGCAGCUCGAUUCAGCUUCUUCAAAUGGCUUAAAUCGACAUUGAGUAGCAUUUGCAGGAGAAAAGGAUCUCCUCGGGAUGAGAUCGUAAUCACACCCUCUCUGCCCGGUGUCGGGCUGGAAACCAAGCAGCUGACAAAGGAAAACGCUGACUUUGCCUCUCGUCACCGCCAUCAUCAGUCCUCAUUUAUCAGCACCAACAAGAUGGUGCAACCACAACUCCACUGACUGACUUCCCGGCCUGUUACAUGUCAUAGCUGUCAUCUUGAAACCACAUUUUCUGCCUCAACUGCACACCUGACCACAUUCUGCACACAUAUUGUAUUUAACAGAGACAUUCAGUGGCAUUCAUUCAGAUUCAGGGAAUCUGAGCUUCUUCCAAAGUUGCACAAAGCGUGAGGUGUUUGUGGACCGGAGGUAACUGAAUUUUGACUUUGAUAGAAGUAACAUACAGUGCUUUAUGGUUUUGAUUGAAGUAUUACAAUCUUUGAAACUCUCUUUAAAGUUUUUCUUGUCUGAUUAUUGUACUGGUCACUUCCAAGAGGUCAUGUGGCUUAAAUGUUCUAUGUACAUGUGAAGGUUUAAUUAAAAUAUGUUAGUUCACUUCUGUCUUUAUGCAGUUCAUUGUUUAUUGAAAAAUAUUUUCCAAGCUGUUAAUAUACGUGAAUAGCUCUUGUUAUAAAAGAAGGAAUUAGAAGUCAUUUGGGAGACAGUUCUUGAUUUGUUUUAAAACACAUGCUGAAUAUCAUAUUGUGUAUCACACAAGGUCAUGUUUCCUGGGUGAACUGGGUGCAUCACAGGUUAGAGUCACUGUUGUAGCUGCUAAAGCGCAUCGCUGUGAAAACCACUUCCUCUCAGCAUUUUGUUGUUACAACUGCAACAUGCAUAUGAUCUGUAAAGAUACUGAUAACUGGUUUCAUCAUCAACUUCUUUCUAGAUGACUUGUCAGUACCAAGAAUUUGACUUAUUUCUGUUCACAACCAUCCUUGAUGUCAAGGAGACAAAUCUUAGUGUGAAUGAGGUGAAGGAUGGGACUGUGCACAGUGUGCACUUUAAUGUUUGAAUCUCAGUUCAAAGAUAAUGCUUGAAAUAUCAGUGGUGUCAAUAAAAAGCACUUUUGGGUCAGGGCUGAACAACAUGUACUUGUUGACACAAAUAUUUGUACCUGGAUGUUGCAAAAGUAGCAAUGACACUGUGUAGAAAUACUGUCACUAUGCAAAAUGACCCAUUCUAGGAUAAUGUAUAUUAUAUUAUUGGAUUAUAAUUAUUUAUUUAUUAAUGUGUGCAUCACUUUAAUGUUGAAGCGGGUAAAGACAGAGCUACUUUCAACUAGUUUGUUUAUUCACUGGGCAGCAUGUGAAUCAAUAAAGUUUUGUAUUAAACUAUAAUAUUAUAUCAUAUUUUAGUCGUUUAUUAUGUUUUGUUAUAAUCGGAAUUUGUAAAGUAGUAACUUAUAUUAUCAAAUAAAUGUAGUUCAGUAGAGGGUGCAGUAUUCAAGUGGUGUAAAUUCAGAGAUUCAGCCUAUUCAUG